AUGGGCACUUUCCCUUCCUGGCCUCUCCCGUGCAAAGCUAGUUGCUUGUUGAAGCUUGCUGCCUUCUCCAUGCGCCCAUCAGCACAACAGCUCACUGAGCGAGCGAGUGAGAGCCAACAGGUUGCGCCAUCUCCCCGCUGCACACGCCCCUGCCCCAUGCAUGCAUGCAUGCAGGUACCACCGCCAUCUGUGGAGCCUGCAGUCGCUGCUGUGUACCGCCAGCUGUGGAACGUGCGAGUGCUGCUGCUGCGGCCCGUGCUGCUGGGAGCCAUCCACCGCGCCACAGGCAACGCCAUGCCCUCUGCCGUGCCCGCUCGAGGAGCGUGGCUACAGCACGACAUAGCGCGCACAGCAGCCAUGGCCCGGCUACCGAGCAUCUCCCCCCCACCGGGCUUCGGCUCGCCGCGCUUCUCCACGCUGCCCUGCCAGCGCCUCCUCACCGCCCUCGCCCUGCACCAGUGUUAG